AAAAUAGUGGUGCUGUUCACAUAUUGAAGUAUGUGUGCCAGAUGUCGGGAUAGGUCUGAGCUCUAGCUCCCACCCUCCUCUGCCAUUGGCCGUCGCGCUGUCUGAUUCUCGUGACCAAUAAACGAUGGAGAAUCGUAUUCUUCCGGUCAGUGGACUAACAGUCUACGCGAGCGCAGCAGCACUGCAAGUCGUGGAGCGAUGGUGCUCGGUGAUUAGAGACCUUAGUUUAUGAAACAGCAAAAAGGAGACACGGACGACAAAGACCCCGCAUCUAACGGAGAAUAUGAGCAAGGAGGACGCGUCAUGUCGGCCGGCUUCUUUGAAGUUCACCAUUGACAACAUCCUCAACUCCAAGUCGAGCAGCAGAAACUUUGACAGCUGUCAUUCAAAGACAUCGCUCGUAGUGUGUCGGGAUGGCUGUCUGCAUCAUCCCGGAGAGAGCGAGGGUCCAUGCAAAGAAGGGUCUGAUGCACGAUUGCACACCAUUGAUAAAGUCAACAGAGAGCGAGAUGGGACUGUGGACGCGCUCAAAACCGUCGACACGCGCAGCGAGAGCGCGGACAGCUGCGACGACGGGCAACAAAAGAACAACGGCAAGAAGAGUAAACUAAUGACGAAAAAGAAAACGCGCACUAUAUUUUCAAAAAGACAGAUCUUCCAACUGGAAUCUACGUUUGACAUGAAACGCUAUUUGAGCAGCGCGGAGCGCGCGUGCCUGGCGAACUCUUUGCAGCUUACCGAGACUCAAGUCAAAAUUUGGUUUCAGAAUCGACGGAAUAAAUUAAAAAGACAACUGUCUACUGAACUGGAAGGACCGACGAGUGAUUUCAGUGAUGUUGGAAAGACGGUGCCGCUGCCAACUUUAUAUACUAAAGAGAAUAAUCUGCUCGGAAGGUGCGUGCUUCCAAUGCCUCUACCAGUCGUGUAUCCUGGAGGUAGCGCGCCUUACUUUUAUUUCUCAAACGCCAGCAAGUAUUUCAGCCUGUUUGAUGGAGAUAUAUGACUUAGAAAAGACCCUCGCACAGGGGACGCAUAGCUCUAAUAACAAAAACUGACAACAUGGCCCAACUCAAAUUUUGAUAAGCAUUGUCGGCCUUUUUGUGUGUUUUGCUGAGAACAUUGUUCAGCUAUCGGUCAGUAAAGAAGCUGGCUUGUAUUUCUAUGCAAAAGCCUAUAUUAUUUAUUGUAUGUUGUACAAAAGUUUAUAUAGGCCUAAAUAAUAACACCUAGCAUAUUAUAACCCGAUUACAGUGCAGCAGCCAUACUGGCAGAAUUGCCAGUGCCAAUCACUCUGUCACAUGGCAGGACAUUAUAACACAAAUGUUUUACUGUUUACAUUAUCAUUAUCAUUAUCAUUAUCAUUAUCAUUAUUAUUAUUAUUAUUAUUUUACAUCUCCGCCAAAGAACGAUUAUUGAUGCAUGCGUUUGUAUUUUAAAUGGCCCUCUAAUUUCAAAAUGAGCAAUUAAAACGUAUUUAAGUGAAUGUAUUGGUUAUUUUACAUUUAGCGCAUGUUUGUAUGUUUAUUCCUUUUUAUCGUUUUCAGCAUAACCUUGCCAAUUAAGAAGACUAUACUACCAGAGUGUCAUUAAAUAUUCUGUUUUACACUUGCUUCAAAAGAAAACUUUUGUGUCCUGGCUUUUUUGUAGCUAUUAGUAACUUGUUGGGUUUUAUCCAUUUAAGAACGCUAUAGUGUUUUGAUACUGAAUCAGUUAAAACUAUCAUUACAAAUUAGGUCACACUCAC